AAUAACGAUGAUCAUCACGUAUAAACAACUUGAAUGUUUAUUGUGUUUCAUUUCACCAUAAUAUUGUAGUUUACAUUUAAACAAUAAAAUGAAUAGUUUAGUUGUGGUUAAAAUUUGUAUUGUUUUAUUACAUCUAUUAAUUUUGGUCAACCUAACUGCAGCAAUUGGUGAUCUUGGUGAUUCAUCAUGUAGGUAUUCAGGUAAUUUUGAUAGCAAUGAUGAUGUAUGUCACAAGGAUGUAGUGAAGAUAAAAAAACUUCCAAAAGAGUGCAAAUCUUUUAUUUUUGAUGGAGUUAUAUGUAAUACAGAUUAUGAAAUCGUGUAUAGAUGGAUUCCAGAAGAUUUAGAUAACUUAAAAUCACUUGUAGAUUUUGAGCAUGAUACUCACAAUGUGUACUUAUUUUAUAAACAUCGAACUUUAGAAGAUUGGUCAAACGCACUCUUUAUCGGAGAUUUCCAAUUAGAAGCACAAAAAGUACAAGAAUUUGUUGGUAAAUAUGCUGUAAAGGGGUUGAUUUUGGAUGGAAUGGAAAAUCCUGUUUUAUCUAAAAAAGGUGACUUUUACGAGAAAUUUACCGCCUAUGUAACAGCUAUUAAAACUAAAAAUCCAAAUUUGGAAAUUGGGUUUUAUUUGAGUGCUAGAACUUUUAUACAAAGUGUAAAUAAGGAGCUCAAUUCAACUUGGUUUGAUUUUUGUAUGAUAAAUGACGUCAUGGAUUUCUAUGUAAUUGAAUUUGCUACUUUCAAUAACUGUACUGAUAAAUUCUUAAAUAAUGGAGUUACUCCCCUUGGUUCAACAGAUCCAGACGUUAUGACAUUAAAUAAAUUUGCAACUGCUUUAAGCCAAUCCACCAUUGCAAGAGAAAAAGUUUAUUUUGAAUUUUUAAUAAGCCCUAUACCGAAAACUGAAGAAACACUAAAUUUUAAGCAUUGUGAAUUAUCGUAUGGCAAGUUUUGUGAAAACUACGACAGUUACAAAGGAAAAUGGUGUGGCGAUAACCUGGACAUAUUGCAUGAAAAAGGUAAGUUUGCCAAAAAAUAUUCAAAAGGAUUCAUAGGAAGAGAUAUAGAUUUAGUCGAUCGUGAUAAUAAAUGUGGAUGUGAUAAUAAGUACAUAACGUUUUAUAUGUUAUUGGAUGGAUAUAAUAAUGCAACUAAUCCAGUAACUUGCAAAGCAUAUAAUUAGCCUAUUUAGUCUAAUAAAUACUAUAGUUAAUACUUAAUAUUGUUAUUGUCGAAAGCUGUAAUUAGGCACAAAUAUACUAUAAAUUAAUAAAUUGUGUCUUUUUCUGAUUA